CUUCUCCAAGGGACGAAAUGUCAGCGCGGCGGAGAUGGUGGAGAAUUUCGCCCAUAUGGGGUUCCAGGCUUCGUCAUUGGGCCGAGCAAAGGAGAUCGUGGACGGGAUGCGCACUUGGCGAGAUCCCGAAACCGGCGACAAGACGACCAUCUUCCUGGGUUACACGUCCAAUCUGAUCUCAUCCGGCCUGCGAGAGACCAUCCGCUGGCUGGUGCAACAUAACCACGUCUCCGCCAUCGUGACCACCGCCGGCGGCGUCGAGGAGGACUUCAUCAAAUGCCUGGCUCCGACCUACCUCGGCGACUUCGCCACGGCUGGGGCCGGGCUUCGCGCCAAAGGCAUGAACCGCAUCGGGAACCUCGUCGUGCCGAACAGCAAUUACUGCGCCUUCGAAGACUGGGUGAUGCCGAUCCUCGACCAGAUGCUCCUCGAGCAAGAAGCCGCGCGGACCCAACCCGCCUCGACCGACGACGACGACGACGACGAACCCUUCUCCUGGACGCCCAGCAAGGUCAUCGCCCGCCUCGGCCACGAGAUCAACGACCCCCGCAGCGUCUACUACUGGGCGAGCAAGAACUCGAUCCCGGUCUUCUGCCCGGCGCUGACGGACGGCAGCCUGGGCGACAUGCUCUACUUCCACACCUUCAAAGCGGCCGGGAUCGGCCGCCACCUCCGCAUCGACAUCGUCGAGGACAUCCGGAAGAUCAACACCCUGGCCGUGCGCGCCCGCCGCACCGGCAUGAUCGUCCUCGGCGGCGGCCUCGUCAAGCACCACAUCGCCAACGCCAACCUCAUGCGGAACGGGGCGGAGAGCGCGGUCUUCAUCAACACGGCGCAGGAGUUCGACGGGUCGGACGCGGGCGCCCGCCCGGACGAGGCGGUCAGCUGGGGGAAGAUCAAGGUCGGGGCGGAGAGCGUGAAGGUGAGUUUCUAUCUUUUUCUUUUCUUUUCUUUUUCUUUUUUUCCUUUUACACCUUUUCUCCCUCUUUUUUACCACCCUUUUCUUCUUCUUUGCUAUUCCCCAAGUCCCUGGGGUCUCGCGUCGGAAACCAAAAGGAGUCGGAGAGAGGUUUUGUUUCUUUUUUUUUUUGGAAAUGUCGCGAGCGAGUUUCUUCUUCGGGACUGACGAGCGCUGCCAUGUAGGUCUACGCCGAAGCGACGCUGGCCUUCCCGUUGCUGGUGGCGGCGACGUUCGCCCGAGUCGAUUGAUGGGGAAAUAUGGAAGAGGGGAAAA